AUGCCUACUGUAUUGCUCACCGGCAUCACCGGCUUCCUCGCCGCCCACGUCGCACUCUCCUUCCUCAAACACGACUGGACAGUCCACGGCACCCUCCGCUCCGAAUCCAAACGCUCCGCCGUGGAGGCCAUCCCCGAAUACGCCCCAUACUUCGCGUCGGGCAAACUCAAGCUCUUCAUCGUCGGUCCUCUCGAAUCUGCCGAUUAUGGGGAGGCGAUCAAGGGUGUGGAGGCGGUGGUGCAUACUGCUUCGCCGGUAGAGUUUGGAGAUGAGAAGUUUAGGGAGAAGCAUUUGGGGCCGGCUUUGGAGGGGACGAAGGGGGUUUUGGAAGCUGCCGCCCGAGAAGCCAGCGUCAAGUCUGUUGUGUACACUAGUACCUUCGGUGCUGUGGGCCAACACAGGUCUCACCCGACCGAGCUCAAAGGCCGCGUCUUCACCGAAGACGACUGGAACCCAUACACCCUCGAAGAGCUCGACGCUAUCGCCGCCGCCAACAAGUCCGACAACCCAAACCACCCGCCCGGUAACUUGUUCUACAUGGGCAGCAAGAAAUACGCCGAGCUCGCCGCGUGGGACGCGCAGAAGGCCGCUCAAGCCCAAGGCGCCGAUUGGAGUUUGGCGGCUAUGAACUGUGUUAUGAUUUUCGGUCCUCCCAUUCAACCACUUACGUCGCUGAGCAACGGCGGCGUGUCAACCGAAUACCUCUGGAUGCUCGCUGGCGGCCCGGAGAAGGGGGUUAUGGAAGCUGCUUUUCCUUAUUAUGUUGAUGUUAGGGACGCUGCCGAAGCGCAUUACCAAGCUGCCGUCAAACAUGCGCAGGGGAGGUUCAUCCUUUCUGCUGGUCCCUACGACUUUCAAGAAUUCGCCGACAAGCUCCGCCACCUCUACCCCGCCCAAGCAGGCCGUUUCGCACAAGGUACUCCAGGCAAGUAUAUGUACAAGGACCCUGGAAUUUAUGAGCUUUCGAAUGAGAAGAGUCAGAAGGAGCUUGGUAUUCAGUACCGAGCGAAGGAUGAGACAGUCAAAGACGCUUUCGAUAGGUUUUUCGAGCUCGAGCAGCAGGGGUUGAAGUAG